AUGCAGUUGUCCAUAGCAGUUUUGUGUUUUUUGACUCUCUGGUGUAGUGUUAAUGCAAGAUGUGUGAUGCGUGGCGAAUGUGAUGGUUUAGAUGGAAAAAUAAAGCCAUGCAAUGCAGAUACAGAAGCAUUACCAAUAAUUACAGAUGUAGAAGAUGAAGAUGUUGAAAAUGUAAUAUCAACAUUUGAAAGAAUUUGCCCCACAUUUGUUAUCGACGAUGAAGGAAACAGAAUACCAGACGAUGAGAUUUAUACAUGCUGCUCAUCACAGCAAGUGUUCAGUAUGGCAGAAAGUUUAACACUAGCUGAAAGUAUUCUCGGUCGGUGUCCAACUUGUUUUAGAAAUUUUGCAAGGCAAAUUUGCGAAAUGAACUGUGCAACCGAUCAGUCUCGUUUCGUGGAAGUUAAGACCGAGGAAGGUGCAGACAAUCAGGUAUACGUCAACGAAAUAAACUAUAGACUUCAUGAAGACUUUAUGUUGGGAACUCAUUCUUCCUGCUCUGAUGUCAUCGUGCCACAGACAGGUACAUAUGCUCUAACCAUGAUGUGUGGUAGUGCAGUAAAUUGCACAGCAGAAGCUUGGUUUUCAUUCACUGGAGAUACACAAGCAAAUCCUAUAACACCGGUACAAGUAAAUUUUAUUAUGACAUCUGAUAACGAAACUUCAAUGCACAAAGAAGACUUACCUUGUAAUGAAACUUACGAGGGUGAUAUUCCGUGUAGUUGUAUGGACUGA